CUGAAACUAAUUUCUUCUUCCAACAAUGGUUUCUCAUGCUUCACAUCAAGAACCAAGUAUUCUUCAACAGUUCAUCACUUCAUACUCCAUGACUAGCCAACCACUCGGUCUAAGCAGCACUAUUAAUGCGGCAUAUGAUCAGUCUCCCCUUCAAGUCAAUCAAACCAGACAUCUGAUGGAUGAUCAGCUCAGAGCCCAGAAGCUUUCACAGCUUCCCUUAGACCAGUACCGUAGGCCGGGAAUGGGGGUUUUCUCUUCCUCCCGAACCCCAGUUUCCAACUUUUAUGGAACUGGCGAUGAAUCUCCCCUCAGUCACUCCAAAUACUUGAGACCGGCCCAGUUGCUUCUUGAAGAAAUGGUCAGUCUUGCAGGAAAGGCUCCAGAUUCCGGCGGCCGUGAGAAACACAUCAAGAGAUUAUCACGCCACGGCAAGAAAGGAUCUUUGCUGCUCCGUUCUCUUCUCCGCGCAGAGUUCAAGAACAAUGCUAAAACCAUGGAGCUGAUUUCUCUGCUUGAAGAGGUGGAAACGAAAUUUGAGAAGUACUAUCAUGAAAUGGGAGAGAUGGUGUGUUCAUUUGAAGCAAUGGCUGGAGUGGGUGCAGGAAACUCAUACACUGCGCUCGCUCUUCAAGCCAUGGCGAAACACUUCUGCAACUUAAGGGAAGCCAUAUUGUCCCAGAUAAAGAACACAAUGGGAGAAGUAUCAUCACAAGGAGAGAUGGCUCGUGAUUUCCGAAAAGGCGAGGACAAAACUCAUGAGAUGUUUCUUCAACAGCUUGGGAUUAUACAGAGCUCCAGGCAGGCAUGGAGACCAAUCAGAGGCCUCCCAGAGACUUCUGUCGCCAUUCUUCGCACUUGGCUUUUCGAACACUUCCUUAACCCGUAUCCGAGUGAUUCAGAGAAGCUUAUGUUGGCGUCGCAGACAGGUUUGACAAAGAAUCAGGUGUCAAACUGGUUUAUAAAUGUUCGAGUUCGACUAUGGAAGCCUAUGAUUGAGGAAAUGUACAGAGAUGAGUUUGCAGACACUUCAGCUGAAUCCAAUGGUCAAGAAGCAGCAGCAUCCAUCAUCACCAAUUCUGCAGAGGAAUGAAUGAGAGAGAGAGAACCUCACAUACUAACAUUUUUUGCCAUCAUCAUCAUCAUGAUCGAUCUACUUCUUCUACUCUGUGUUUUUGCAUUUUGUUUUAUAUAUCCUUGAAAAUUAUUAAGUGACAUUCUUAUGGUCAUUGAGCCAUGAAAAUUUAGUUGUGUAGUCAUCCAUCCAAUUAAUGAUGAGAAAAUAUAGGUCACUCCCUCCACUCUUUCUAGGUGUUUGAAUCAUUUUCCCUAUCAAACCUUUGACUAGCUAUAUAUAAAAAUAUAUAAUGAAUUAAAAUAUAUUGUAAAUGUUAUAUUAAAUUAUUGAUAUCGAU